AUGGAUCGAUUCAUAAAAACUGAUAGACUUGGUAUAGAUCCAAACUCAACAGAUGCAGCAAAAACAUACAACCAUUGGUUAAGAACAUUUUACAAUUUUGUAAGUGCAGUUGAUGAUAACUCCAUUAAGCUUAAUCUCCUAAUAAACCAUAUUGAACCUGAUGUGAAUUCAUAUCAGAGUGUGAUGAUUUUGAAAGAGCAACAAAGCUGUACGUUCACUGCUGCAAGUGUUGAGCAAUAUAAAUCUGAAAUGAUUUGCGAUGCUUUUAUAAAUGGUUUACUCUCUAACCAUAUACGCCAACAUUUACUAGAAAACAAGAUAUUAGACCUUUCAUUAGUCUUUGACCAAGCUAGAUCUUUAGAGGUGGCCCAACAAAAUUCAAACUUAUAUUCACAAUCAACUAUACCUACCUCUGCCUCUAUGCAGGAAAUCAAAUCAUCUUUACAAAAGCAAUCCAUAACUGAUAAUCACUUAGCUGCUACAGUAAAAUCAAAACAAUUGUGCUGGUUUUGUGGAAACAUAACACAUCCACCUAGUAAAUAUCCUGCUCAUGAAGCAGGAUAUUUACUAGGUGGAUACAAUCACAAGGAAGCACAAUCUUUUUACAUCUGUCACAAAUCUUCAGCAAACUCUCUCUUCAGAGUCUGUCAUAACAUCAUUGUUAUUUAUAAGUAUAAAGCAGAAGCUUUAAUUGAUAGUGGGAGUACAAACAAAAGUUUUAUUAACAACAAACUAGUGGUUCUACUCAAUUUAAAUGUUAUUUAUGAACAGAGUGUAAUCGGAAUAGCAUCAGCUUCUUUAUCAGCAAAAUCAGAUGGAUAUUGUUUUGUUUCAAAAACUCUUCAAAACAAAAUCUAUAGCAAAGUCAAGUUGUAUGUGCUAGAUAACUUAUGCAUAGAUAUUAUUCUUGGCACAGAUUUUCAAGAGUUGCAUGAGAGUAUUACAAUUAAGUAUGGUGGGAAAAGACCACCCAUAACAUUCGCAGCUUUAACAAUAAUGAAAACUGAACCUCCUGAAUUGUUUGCUAAUCUCACAAAAGAUUGUCAACUGAUUGCCACUAGAUCUAGAAAUUAUUUUCAAAGAGAUAAAGAAUUUAUUAAAUCUGAAGUCCACCGCCUGAUCCAAGCAGGAAUAAUAGAGCCUACUUUAUCAAAAAAAGAUCGACCAUAUACUGCUUUUGAAGCUGACAAUAAGUUGUGGUUAUAUACUAGAAUGCCUUUUGGAAUUACCAAUGGAUCUUUCAGAUUAGCUGCCAUUGAUGCUGGAAUUACAUUUAAAGAAGAGAAGUGUGUAUUUUCAACUGAGACUUUAGAUUUUUUAGAUUAUCGUAUAUCUUAUGACUUCUUAAAACCAUAUUCUAAGAGACUUGCUCCUCUUAUUAAGUUGCCCCCAUCGGAUAAUGUAAAGUCUUUACAGCAUAUUAUUGGAAUGUUCUCUUACUAUGCAAGAAAGUUUUCAGAUGAAAUUAGACCUUUAAACUCUGUUACUCCACCAGCAGCAAAUAUCAGCAUUUAA